GGCCGGCUGUCAGCGAGUGGGAGGAAGGAGAUCUUCAGUCCCCAAGGGAGACAGCCGGCUAGUCCGGGGGGGAAAAUAAUCCUCACUCCCGACCACAAGCUGCUCACAGCUCGCCAUGCCCUGGAGAAAGUUGCUGCCGCCCCCUGUCUCGGUUUCCCCUCGCUGGAUGAUGCCCCUCUGCCUCUCCACAGUUGCCCUCCUGCUGCUGGGGGCGGCGGUGCUGCCCCUCUGGACCCCGGGAUCGGGGCUCGGUAGCUGGCAGCAAGUGCCGGGGGAAGUGGGCUCCGCUGCUGGCAGGAGGAGGGUGACUGGGCCGGCUUGGAGCCAGAGCGCGGAGGGCAAGACUGGGGCUUGCUGCUCGGGAUCCCCCUUACAGGGCAGACGGAAGUCACGUCAAUGGCACAUUGAACUCCAACCCUGGGUCAGUUCAUACCACUCACUGGAGGAGGAGGCUGCUCGGUUCCUGGCCUAUAUCAGCAGUUCUCAGAUUUCCUGUGGUAAACCAGAUGAGGAGAUUGGCAGUCUGGAGCUCACCCAGGAACCAUGGCCUAUUUGCCUGGACAGUGCUUUUCACCUUGCUCAGCAGAUCCACAGAAAACAGUGCAGGGUUUACUCAAUCGGACUAGGGAGUGAAGACAAACGUUUUGAAGUGGAAAUGGCCAAAGCUGGAUGUGAGGUUCACUAUUUUGAUCCAAGUAUCAACGAGGCCCACAUUCAGAAGAGUGCAGGUCACUGGUACCAUCGCAUGGCAAUCGACUGGAGAGACCCCAACCCAGCUGUCAUCGCCCAGAAACAGCACAGAACUACCAAAAGGUUGGCCACUAUAAUGAGCGAAUUUGGUCACAGGAAGAUUGAUGUGCUUAAGGCAGACAUCGAGAGUGCAGAGUGGAAGAUUCUGGAAAACUUAAUUCUGGAGAAUGUCAUUGAAGAAAUCGGACAAUUAGUUUUUGCAAUCCAUUUACACUGGCCUGGGUUUGAGAUUAGUGGGAAUGAUACCGAUGUUGUUCGGUAUUGGUACAGCCUUCUGAAGGAGCUAGAACUAAGGAACUUCAAGCUCUUCCACAGUUAUAAGGAUUUAAAUAAGCCACAAAUCUUCCUACGAAAGCAGGCUUUCAAUGCUAGUAGCAGCUACGUACUAAGCUGGAUUAAUACCCAGUGGAGAUAAUAUUUAAUGAGGAGAUAAUGACUAGUAACAAACUGCACAGCCCUGUCCGUAUAUUUUGAGGACAGAACGGGCAUUAUACUAAUGUCGUGACUUUCAAGUGUUAAAAUUAGACCCUAUGAAACAUCAAAUGAUUUGCUUCAGGGAAAACAAUCAAAGAUCAGCAACGUGAGCCUCCCUCAGGGCAAAAAGAAAGGAAGACCUUUCAGAGGAACAGUUAAAGUUAUGAAUAUGAGAUGACAAGGUGUAGAGCUGGUUGAACACAGCAGGCCAGGCAGCAUCAUCGGGGCAAGAAAGCUGACAUUUCGGGCAUGGACCCUUCUUCAGACUAUGGCUGUUUAUGACCAGAGCUUACGUUGAUGCUGUGGCUUUCUGCAGACAGUGAAGUGACGAGGGUCAGUUUCUGAUUUGAACAUUACUGAAACUGAUACCUGUACAGUCAUCGUGACUCAUGUACAUAUAUGGACAAGCUCAGCUGUGAGACAUAUCGGAGGUCAAUGUGGAGUGUGGGUACUGGAGAGCCCAAUCUCAGGGUGGACAGUCACCAUCAUCGGUGACAAAGCAAUAUUUACAUUUCUAUUUGUUAAUGUAAUAUUUAGGAUAAUAAAUAACUUGCCUUCUCUGUAUCUGUCAGGAAAUGUUUAAUUUAUGAAUAAGAACUGGUAGUGUUUCACCCACCUAAAAAUAAUAGAAAUAAUUUAGAAUUACAUAGAACAUAGAACAAUACAGCACAGGAACAGGCCUUUCGGCCCAUCAUGUCUGUGCUGACUAUGAUGCCAUCUGCCUGCACAUAGUCCAUAUCACUCUAUUCCCUGCCUGUUCAUGUGUUUGCCUAAAUGCCUCUUAAACUUUGCCAAGGUAUCAGCUUCUACCGCCUCCCUGGCAGCAUGUUUGAGGCACCUACUGCCCUUAUGUAAAAAAACUUGCCUCACACAUCUUCCUUAGACCUAUCCCCUCUCACUUUAUAUCUAUGUGUCCUACUAUUUGACAUUUAUAUUUUGGGAGAGAGACUCCAACUAUCCACCCCAUUCAUGCCUCUCAUAAUUUUAUAUUCUUCCAUCAGGUCACCCCUCAUCCUCCGAUAGUCUGGCAAAAACAAAGUUUGCCCAACCUCUCCUUACAGCUAAUACACUCCAAUCCAGGUAACAUCCUUGUAACCUCUUUUGCACCAUCUCCAAAGCCACCUCAUUCUUCCUGUAGUGUGGCUUACCAGAACUGCACACACUACUUCAACUGUGGCCUAACUAAUGUUUUAUACAAACUGCAACAUGACUUGCCAACUUCUAUACUCAGUGCCCCAAAUGACAAGAACCAUAUGCCUUCUUUACCAUCUUGUCCACUUGUGUUACCACUUUCAGGGAAUUAUGGACUUGCAUCCGAAGAUCCCUGCAUACAUCAAUGCUCCUAAGUAUAUUGCCUUUUACUGUAUACUGUCCUCUUGCAUUUGACCUCCCAAAAUUCAUCACAUCACAUCUGCUCAACUUUCCAACUUGAUCCAUAUCCUGCUGUAUCUUUUCUCACUAUCCACAACUCCACCAAUUUUUGUGUCAUCUGCCAACUUACUACUCUGACCACCGACAUUUUUAUCCAAAUCAUUUACAUAUAUUACAAGUAAGAGAAGUCCUAGCGCUGAUCCUUGUGGGACAAUUACCCUCUGUUUUCUACCAUAGAAUGAUAGAAUCCCUACAGUGCAGAAAGAAGCCAUUCUGCCCAUCGAGUCCACAACCGCCCCCACCGAGCAACAUCCCACUCAGGCCCAAUGCCCAAUCUUAUCCCAGUAACCACUUCCCCUCCCAUAUCCCGUGGCUCACCCAACUAACCUGCACAUCCCUGGAUACUACAGGGAAAUUUAGCAUGGUCAGCCCACCUAACCCACAUAUCUUUGGACUGUGUUAGGAAACUAGAGCACGGGGUCGAAACUCACGCAGGCACAGGGAGAACGUGAAAACCGCACACAGUCACCCAAGGCUGCAAUCAAACCCAGGUGUAGACCAAACCAAUUUUGAAUCUAAUUUAUCAACUCACUGUGAAUCUCAAUUGUCUUAAUCUCCUGGACCAGCCUACCACGAGGAACCUUGUCAAAUGCUUUAGUAAAGUCCAUGUAGACAACAUUAACUGCCUUACCCUCAUCGAUCAUUUUUAUUACUUCCUCGGAAAGCUCAAAUUGAAUUUGUGGGACAAGUCCUCCUCUGCACAAAGCCAGGCUGACUACCCCUAAAAAGUCCACUCUUUCCAAAUGCAAGUAAAUCUUGUUCUUAAGAAUCUUCUCCAUUAAUUUCUCUAUCACUGAUGUAAGGCUCACUGGCUUAUACUUUCCUUGAUUGUUCCAUUUGCCCUUCUUAAAUAAAGGAACAAUAUAGGCUAAUCUCCAGCAGUCUGGGACUUUGCCUGUGGUUAAAGAGGAUACAGAAAUCUCUGUCAAGGCUCCAACAAUCUCCUUACUUGGGUGACUUAUCUACCUUAAUGUUUUUCAAAAAGUGCUUCACAUAUAGUGAAAUCGCUUAAAUUGCAUUUAUGUUUAUUAAAGCAACAAAGCCAAUAUUGUAUCCAGCACUGAGAUGAAGGACCACAAUCUAAAUAGAAGUUUAGACAGGAGAAUAGGGAAAGAAAAAUUACUUUCUAUGGCUGCAGAGUCAGUGAAGGGGGUCAUAUCAAUUUAAAACUAAUACUGUUAGUGAGAAGGAUUGGAAAAAAAUAUUUUAAUAUGGGGAUUGGAAGUGAAUGCUUUGUACAGGGAGCAAUUUAACAGAACGUAAGACACAGGAGCUGGCAUAACCAUUUGGCUUUUCAUCCCAGUCCGCCAUUCAAUUAGGCCUGAAAUGACCUGGACAGCAUAGUGUAUUCUUUAAGGAGAAAGUGGAUAAAUGAUUGGAAGAGAGUAAGAUGCAGAGAUAUUGGAAAGGUCAGAAACUGCACAAUUGAUUUUGAACUCCUUCAGCUGAGAGCUGGAUGAUAUAAUGGGCCAAAUGUCCCAAUUUUGUACUGUAAAUUUCAGUGGUUCAAUUCAAGAUGUCUUGUGGUGGCUGGCUGUGUGUUAGUCAGGAUGUGAAGAGUGUCAUGGCCAAGGGUCAGAUCUCGAAGUACUUGGACAAAUAUUCAUGUGUAAUUCUAAAAUGUAUUUAUUUUAAUGUGAAUUGAUGCAACUGAAAAUGGCUGCAAUGUAAAUUAUGUAAGUAGCUGCCUGGAGAGACAAAAUCCACAGAAUGUCAAGCUUACAUCUGUGAAGGGAACUUCAAACAACAGCCCUUCAUUUGGGAGGAGAAGGAAGGGGAAUUGGCAAGAUGAAACAGACUGGACGGUGAUCUGUUGUGGCUAUGAAGAUAAACGAGGGUUCAUACGUUCGACAGCAAGGAAAACUGCAAAAUUAUGUCUCAAACUGCAGGCACACUGUGUUUUUUCAAUCUGCAGGGUACACAGGACAAUGGUUAAAAAGCCAGUUUGUACUCUACAGGAGUAGACUGAUAGCACAGAAAGCCAGGGUGUGGACCAGGCUUGGUUUGAGCGUUAACAGGCUAUACAGGUCACAAGAGAAGAGUGACUCCUGUGUUGCAGGUAAAAGAAGACCCUUUCUCACUCUGAGUGCUACAAGUAUGUAAAAAGGACAACAAAAAGACUCUCUUUCACCCUGAAAACUGGAACACAAUCACAGUCAAAAGGAAUCAGAUCUACAGAAUCUCAAUCAGUCAGCAGAAUCGGGGAUCAUAAAACUGACCAUUCAACACCCAAGGCCAAUGUGACUGGAAACCUGCAACAUCCUCUUCAUAAACAAGUCAGAGACUGAUCUGUAUUUUUUAAUGUUAUCUUUUGGACUCACCUCUUAUUUAUAAUCUAUGUGUUGUGUUCUUGCAUUCAUUAAUGAAUAAACAUACUCU